AUGACGAGUAAUUCGACUCUUGCUGCUAAUGGCGAAGUUGAACCUAUCAACGACGAAAUACUAGAUGAGAUGAAGUCAAUAGAUAAAGAAUUUGAAUUAGCGGAAUUAGAACUUGCAAGACAGAAAGUUAAACUUUAUGCUCCAAUUUGCGAAAAACGACGGAAAAUUAUUGAAAGAAUUCCGAAAUUUUGGACUAAUGUUUUUCUUAGACAUCGUAUCAUUGCUCAAUAUUUGGAUUACGAAGAUUAUGAGUUAAUUGUUGAAAGAGAUGAAGAAAAUGUGGAAAAUUUUAAAAUUAUCGUAAAAUUUUCCAAGAAUUCUUAUUUUACCAAUACCGACAUUACUAAGGAAUUUUCAGUUGAUGGUAAUGGCAUAAAAUGUAUAAAAACUUCUGAAGUUAAUUGGUAUGAAGGCAAAGAUUUUACGAAAAAGCGUAAAAAUUAUGAAACAGAUCCAAGCUUAAUCAAGUGGCUUACCGAAAAUGUCACCGAUGAUGUUUCUUGGGAAUUGGGAAAAGUAAUUAGGGAUGACUUAUAUUUCCACGCUUGGAUGCAUUAUAAUGAAGAUAUCGAUGACGACGAAGGAGAUAUAGGAGAUUUAGAAGACGAUAUAGAAGAAGGAGAGGAGGAAGAUGAAGCAGAUUUAGAGAAUUAUCUCGCUAACUUUGAUGCUGAAGAAUUCGGACAACCACCGUCUUCAAAACGGGCUAAAACCGAAUGA